AUGAUGGUGUCCUCUACAGUUCUUUGCCUCGUGGCAGGGGCAGCAUCGCACAUCGCCUACUUCAACAAAGGCGAGCACCACUUAUAUGGCAUGGACUACCUACAAACGUUCAUCGCUGCAAUCGCAUCCGGGGUCGCUUUCCUGCAGUAUCAGCACAACCAGCCAUGGAGCACAUCCCUUUCUAUCACACUCCAACACGCAGCGUGUUUCCUCCUGGGGCUUUAUUCCAGCCUUAUCAUCUAUCGUCUCUUCUUUCACCCUCUGCGACAUUUUCCCGGUCCCAUCGCCGCACGCCUCUCACCCAUCUGGUUCACAACAAAGGUUCUAAAACGUGAUGCUCAUCGCAAGAUCCUUGCCCUCCACAAAGUAUACGGCCCCAUAGUGCGCAUCGGUCCAUCCGUUCUCUCUAUCGUCCAUCUAAGUGGCAUCGCCACCAUCUACGGCCCCAACACCCGCUGCACCAAGGCCGCUUUUUACGACCUAGACCAUCCCUCAAAGUCUCUCCAGUCAAUGCGUGAUCCGGCAGAACAUCGUAGACGGCGACGUGCUUGGAGCCCUGCAUUCGGCGACAGUCAACUGCGUGGAUACGAGGUUCGAAUGCGUCCGUAUCGACAACGACUGUUGGACCGGUUAGCCGGGAUGGCCGAGGAGCCGCUUGAGCUCCGCAAAUGGUUCAACCUCUACACGUUCGACGUGAUGGGUGACAUGGCAUUCGGGGAGGGAUUUGGGGGGAUCGAGCGAGGAGAGCUUAUUGGUUCUAUCAAGAUGAUGGGCGCCAUGCUCGACUUCGUCGGGUUAUUCCUGCCGGUGUGGGUGCUGUGCUUUUUUGCCCGUAUCCCCGGGGCAUCGAAGGGCUGGCAUCAAUAUCUAGAGUGGGCUACGGAGAGAUUGAACCAGCGGAUCAAGAACCCGCCUGCCAUUCCCGACGUCAGCGCCGCGCUCAUCUCCCACCUCGACGGCCGCGAACCCACCAAGGAAGACCAACAGCUACUGGGAGGCGAUUCACGAUUAAUCAUAACAGCGGGCAGCGAUACCAGCGCCACUGCGCUGGCGGCGAUCGUUUACGAGCUGCUCAGGAACCCUGCGGAGAUUUCCAAAUUGCGCAACGAGCUUGCACCGCACGUCGAAGCGGAUGGAGACUUCUUGCACAUCAAGAUACAGCAUCUUGAUCAUCUAAACGGGGUAAUUAAUGAAGCGCUGCGCCUGUAUCCUGCCGUGCCGUGCCACAUGCAGCGGAAGACACCGCCGGAGGGGGUUCUCGUCGAGGGAGUAUGGAUUCCCGGAGACAUGACGGUGAUGUGUCCGCAGUAUGUGUUGGGAAGAUCGGAACAAUGCUACGUCAGCCCUAACUCCUUCAUCCCCGAACGAUGGUAUAGUUCUCCUGGGCUGGUUCGUGAUAGAUCGGCAUUUGCUCCAUUUUCGACCGGACAAUGGGCCUGCAUCGGCAAACCGCUGGCGUUGAUGAAUAUUCGGACGACCAUCGCCCGGUUCGUCAUGGAGUUUGAUUUCGAGUUUGCGCCGGGCGAAGAUCCACGGCAGUUUGAAGAUGAUGCACAGGACAAUUUUGCUUUAUUUCCGGGGAAAUUGAUGGUUGUGCUUAGGAGAAGAGAGAAGGAGGCCGGGGAUGUGAAUGUUGCUGCCUGAGGCCGGUAGGAUGGAGGAAUCCUGGCAUUUCGGGGUUAAGCAGGCCAGUUCUAUAUGUAACUGAGUAGCUGAUGGUUUAUUCAAGUCGAUUUAUGUGACGUAUAACAUGACUAGGUAUCGUUUGCGCUAACUAUGAGUAAGUUAGGUUAAUAGUUCAAUCUGUCUGCCACCAUAGGCAUUAUGUCC